CUGCUUUCUUUCAUGUCCGUACAUCAAACAUACAUACAUCCAUCACAUCACGCGCUGCAACAACGUCUCCUCCGUCGCCCCUGGGGGGCUUCGUCCACCCAGCCAGCCAUGUUGGGCGCUCUCGUCUGGAUCCUGCUCAUCAGUGUCCACGUCCCCUCGGUCCUGUCCCUGGCCGAGUUCUUCGUCCCCGGGGCGCCCCCUUACCCGCGCUGGAGGGCUGGUGACGUGCAAAAGAUCAAGUAUAGGACUACAUACACGGAGUACACCAUCGCUCUUUGGCAACAGUUGGAUAGUGCUGGAAGGCUAGGGCCCAUUCUCUUCCAAACCACCAAUGGACCGGACACGGACUUCGACUGGGUGGUGCAGAGCUACACCCUGAACCUGGACACUUCCGACAAGUUCUUCCUCUGGCUCUUUGAAGGAGGCCCCUCUGCCCAAGGAAACACGUCCAUCACAAAUCAAUCAUCGGGCUUCUUUUACAUCUCGCCCGCGGUAACAACUACUUCCUCAUCGACAAGUACUACUACAUCGACAUCCACACCAUCGUCAUCUUCAUCGCCAUCAUCCUCAUCAGCGACUCCUUCGUCCUCCCCAACCGUACAAGCGACCACUGACAAUGGGCUUUCGACCGGAGCCAAAGCGGGCAUCGGCGCCGGCGCAGGAGUCGCCGGUUUGGCCAUCCUUGCCGCAAUCCUCCUCUUUGCGGGGUACCGAUCAAAAAAGAAGAGGGAGCUGGAAGAGCUGCGGUCUGCGAGCUACUUGAACUCCGGCGGCUUCACCUCGACCAACAUGUCUAAGACGGCCCUUCCGGUCACUCCCGUACCUCAGCAACCGCCUUCUGAGCUGCCUGGACACCACCAUAGAGAUAUGGCAGAACUUGGGUAGCCUCAGAGGUUUGGGGCUUUGGCGAUGGUAUUUACGUGCAACUCUCCCGAAAUAUCGACUCCGUGGCUGCGAAUAUUGGUUUGAAGUCGGUACUUUGAAUUUAAGCUGCA